AUGGAGUUUGUGCGGGCGCUGUGGCUCGGGCUGGCGCUGGCGGUGGCGCUGGGCUGGGGAGCAGCCCGCGGCACCCCGUUUCACCUGCAACUGGACUGGGCCAGCCCCCUGGAGACGCUGCUGGAUGUGCUGGUGUCCUUGCUGCACGCGCAUGCCUGGGAGAAUAUCGGCCUCGUCCACUGCCGUGUCCGGGACCCCAGUAGUCUGGUGGCCCUGUGGACAAGUCGGGCAGGCCAGGCCCCAAAGCUUGUGCUGGACUUGAGCAGGCCAGACACUGAAGACACAGCACUGCACACUCGCCUGGCCCCGCUGGGGACACUGGCAGGAGAGGAAGCCCCAGUCUCCGCAGCUGUCCUCCUCGGCUGUGACACUGCCCGUAUCGGCCGGGUGCUUGAGGCCGCACCACCCGGGCCCCGCUGGUUGCUGGGUACCCCGCUGCCUGCUGAGGCGCUGCCCACCACUGGUUUACCUCCUGGUGUGCUGGCAUUGGGGGAGGUGACCCGACCCCCACUGGAAGAUGCCAUUCAUGAUGCCCUGGAGCUCAUGACCCAGGCACUGAGCAGUGCAGCCCACGUGCAGCCCGAGCGAGCCCUGCUCCCGACCACAGUGAACUGUGAGGAGCUGCCACGGGCGGGACCAGAGUCUGCAGGGAGCUUCUUGGCACGGUUCUUGGCCAACACCUCCUUCCAGGGCCGUACGGGGCCUGUGUGGGUGACAAGUUCAUCCCAGGUGCAUAUAACCCGAAGCUUCAAGGUGUGGAGCCUGCGCAGAGACCCGUGGGGUGACCCAGCCUGGGCUACGGUGGGCAGCUGGCGGGACGGGCAGCUGGUCUUGGAACCAGGCACUGCCGGUGUCCGCCCCCCAUCCCCACCCGGGGCCCAGACUCGGCCAAAGCUUCGUGUGGUGACACUAGUGGAACAUCCCUUUGUGUUCGUGCGUGAGCCGGAUGAGGACGGGCAGUGCCCAGCGGGACAGCUGUGCCUGGACCCUAGCACCAAUGACUCAGCCACACUAGACGCACUGUUUGCUGCACUGGCCAAUGGCUCUGUGCCCUGGGCCCUGCGUAAAUGUUGCUAUGGUUACUGCAUUGACCUGCUGGAGCGGCUGGCCGAGGACACGCCCUUUGACUUUGAGCUGUACAUUGUGGGCGAUGGCAAGUACGGGGCCCUGCGUGAUGGCCGCUGGACCGGCCUGGUGGGUGAUCUGCUGGCUGGCAGGGCCCACAUGGCGGUCACUAGCUUCAGCAUCAACUCAGCCCGUUCUCAGGUGGUGGACUUCACCAGCCCCUUCUUCUCUACCAGUCUGGGCAUCAUGGUGCGCACGCGCGACACCGCCUCACCCAUCGGGGCCUUCAUGUGGCCUCUGCACUGGUCUAUGUGGGUGGGUGUCUUCGCCGCCCUGCACCUGACCGCGCUUUUCCUCACCCUGUACGAGUGGCGCAGUCCCUACGGCCUCACGCCACGUGGCCGUAACCGGGACACUGUGUUUUCUUACUCCUCGGCUCUCAACCUCUGCUACGCCAUCCUUUUUGGGCGUACAGUCUCCAGCAAGACGCCCAAAUGUCCUACUGGGCGCUUCCUCAUGAACCUCUGGGCCAUCUUCUGCCUGCUGGUCCUGUCGAGCUACACGGCCAAUCUGGCGGCUGUCAUGGUGGGGGACAAGACCUUUGAGGAGCUGUCAGGAAUCCAUGACCCCAAGCUGCACCACCCGUCCCAGGGCUUCCGCUUCGGGACAGUGUGGGAGAGCAGUGCAGAGGCCUACAUCAAGGCGAGCUUCCCGGAGAUGUACGCACACAUGCGGCGCCACAGUGCACCCACCACGCCCGAUGGCGUGGCCAUGCUCACGAGCGACCCCCCCAAACUCAACGCCUUCAUCAUGGACAAGUCACUGCUGGACUACGAGGUGUCCAUCGACGCGGACUGUAAAUUGCUGACAGUGGGCAAGCCUUUCGCCAUUGAGGGCUACGGCAUUGGACUGCCCCAGAACUCACCACUUACUUCCAACCUGUCUGAGUUCAUCAGCCGCUACAAAUCUUCUGGCUUCAUCGACCUGCUCCAUGACAAGUGGUACAAGAUGGUGCCUUGUGGAAAGCGGGCCUUCGCCGUGACGGAGACCCUCCAAAUGGGCAUCUACCACUUCUCGGGGCUCUUCGUGCUGCUCUGCCUGGGCCUGGGCAGUGCCCUGCUUAGCUCUUUGGGUGAGCAUGUCUUCUACCGCCUGGCACUGCCCCGCAUCCGCCGUGGCAACAGGCUGCAGUACUGGCUACACACCAGCCAGAAAAUCCACCGGGCGCUCAACACCGGGCCACCAGAGGGGCCACAGGAAAGGCUGGAGCCAGAGCCCAGUGGAGCCGAGGAGCCGCGGCUGGACCCCGAAGGCCCCGGGCGCUGGAAACGUGUGCGCAGGGCUGUGGGCAAAGAGCGCCGAGUGCGCUUCCUGCUGGAGCCAGGGGCGGCUGCGGCCCCGGACUCGGAGGCGGGUGAAGCUGACGCCAGGGACAGGGAGGCCUGUGUGGAGCCCCUGCCACCAGGGGGCCCCGUGUGGCUGUGCUCCAACGGGAGGCCGGCGGCCCCGCGCACGGCUGAGCUGGAGGCGCUGGCGCGGCACAUCGAGGAUGUGAAGGAGCGACUCCGCCAAGCCCUGCUGAGGCGCGGGGAGCUGCGGGCCCAGCUCGGGAGCGGCGUGCGCCACCGGCCCCUGCGCUUGCUGCAGGCAGCAGGCAGCCCAGAUGACGACGAGGACCAGCAGUGA